AGCAGAAAGCAAUCGGUGCGAAUUUGUAAAAACUGAAAGGCCAAUAUUGGAAGUAAAAAUUAAAGUGCCCGAAACCUCGUAUAACUACCUCAAACUUCCCUCGUCUCUCUGGUUUUACGGAUACCAGAAUACCAAUUAUUUACAAAACAAUCACCGGAAAAUGUUGGCAAUCUUUGACAAAACGGUGGCCAAGUGCCCGGAGGCGCUGCAGAGCCCGCUUUCGGGUUCUAAUUCGGCGCUAAAAGAUGGGUUUUUGGCCAAGCAUUUUGGCUCUGUCCACUCCGGUUCUGUUACUGUCAAUCUUGGCUCUGCUGGCGUUAUUGCUUAUUCCCUUGACAAGCAAAACCCUCUCCUUCCUAGAUUAUUUGCAGUUGUAGACGACAUUUUCUGCUUGUUCCAAGGGAACAUUGAGAAUGUUGCAGUUCUUAAGCAGCAAUAUGGCUUAAAUAAAACAGCAAAUGAGGUGAUCAUUGUUAUUGAAGCUUACAGAACCCUCCGAGAUCGAGGACCUUAUCCUGCUGAUCAGGUUGUCCGAGAUAUACAAGGGAAAUAUGCUUUUAUUCUAUAUGAUAGCACUUCAAAUGCCACAUUUAUAGCUGCUGAUGCUGAUGGGAGCGUACCCUUUUUCUGGGGAGCUGAUUCUGAAGAAAAUCUUGUACUUUCAGAUGAUGUUCAGAUUUUGCAGCAGGCCUGUGGGAAAUCAUUUGCUCCAUUUCCUAAAGGAUGCUUCUGUACAACUACUGGAGGCUUGAGGAGCUUUGAGCACCCUCUGAAUGAGUUGAAGCCAGUUCCAAGAGUGGACAGUUCAGGUCAGAUAUGUGGUGCAACUUUCAAGGUGGAUGCAGAGACUAAGAAAGAAGGUGGCAUGCCCAGAGUUGGGAGUGCUUAUGACUGGUCCUCAAGCUACUAAGGAGCUUUAAAGUUUUCUGAACGGGGCUCUGGUUAUUAACGGUUCUUCUGUUGGUUUUGCAAUAUCUUUUUCUGAUCUUAUAUUCUGAUCUUUGAUGAUUUUACUGCAAAAGUAUACCACCUUAUAUUGUUGCUACUUGUUAGCAUUUCCCAAAAACAAGAUAGCAAUUUACAGUUCUGUAAAUGUUGCUUACUGUCCAGCUAAGUCCAAACUUGUAUGGGGCAUAACAUAAAAUAAGAUUUACCGUGCAUAUAGUUUCUGAUA